AGUUCCACAAAACAGAGACUAAAACUAAAUGAUGAGGAGAAGAAAGGGUUGGAGAUGUAGUGAUUUUGGGACGUUGGGGGUUGUUCUUUUUCUUAACAUGUUACUAACGGCGGCGACCGUUGUAACGGUGCACGACCAGGAGGAGAAGGUGGUGGCCGGAGAAGUGAAAGUGAAGGUGGGUGUGGUUUUUGAUUUAGAUUCUAUUUUUGGGGAGAUGAGUUUGAGUUGUAUUUCAAUGGCUCUGGAGGAUUUAUACUCUUCUCGGAGUUAUUACAAGACUAGAGUUAUUCUCCACAGCAUUGACUCCAAUGACACUGUUGUUGAUGCAGCUGCUGCAGCUCUGGAAUUGAUAAAGAAAGAGGAAGUGCAAGCCAUUAUAGGUCCAACAAGCUCUAUGCAAGCCAACUUCAUCAUCAACAUUGGAGACAAAGCAGAAGUUCCCAUCAUCUCAUUUUCAGCCACACGACCUUCCCUCACUUCCCACCGCAGCUCUUUCUUCUUCCGAGCCGCUCAAAACGAUUCAUCUCAAGUCAAAGCCAUUGGAGCCAUUGUUAAGACCUUCAAAUGGCGACAAGUCGUCCCCAUCUAUAGCGACAAUGAGUUCGGCGAAGGUAUCAUCCCUUACUUAAUUGACGCUUUACAAGAAGUCGACACCGAUGUGCCAUACCAAAGCAAAAUUUCCCCCUCUGCCAAAGACAAGCAAAUCAUCGACGAGCUUAACAACUUGAUGAAAAUGCCAACUAGAGUGUUUGUAGUGCACAUGGCACCCCACCAUGCUUCACGAUUGUUCACAAUGGCUAAAGAAAUUGGAAUGAUGAAACGAGGCUACGUUUGGAUAAUCACAGAUGCUAUAGCAAAUCUAUUGGAUUUAAUACACCCUUCAGUCCUUAAGGCAAUGCAAGGAGUUGUGGGAAUAAAAACUUACGUCCCAAGAUCCAAAGGGCUUGAUUCUUUCAAACAUGAUUGGAGGAAGAGAUUUAUGAGUUAUUAUCCAAGAAGAAAGGAAGAAGACAUUCCAGAGGUAGACGUGUUUGGGUUAUGGGGUUAUGACGCAGCUUGGGCGCUUGCCAUAGCUGUAGAAAAAGCUGGGACCGACAAUCUUCGGUACUCCUCAACCAACAUUACCGCAUCAAAAAUAAACUCAACUAACUAUCUAUAUACCCUGGGGGUGAAUCAAAAUGGUCAGAAAUUGCGAGAUACAUUCUCAAACCUCAAGUUCAGGGGGUUGGCUGGCGAGUUCAGUUUAAUUAAUGGACAACUACAGUCAUCUCUUUUUGAGAUAGUGAAUGUAAAUGGGAAUGGUAGACGAAACGUUGGGUUUUGGUCGGCAGAAAGUGGGCUGAGGAGGAAGGUGGAAGACUCGGAAAGAUCGGCGAAGGGGUUGAGAUCGAUCAUAUGGCCAGGAGAGCGUAUUGUUACACCAAAAGGAUGGGAAAUUCCAACGAAUGGGAAGAAGUUGAGAAUUGGAGUUCCGGUGAAGGAUGGAUUUAAGGAGUUUGUGAGUGUGAUUCGUGAUCCUAAAACAAAUGCAACAAUUGAUGUAGGAGGAUAUUGCAUCGAUGUGUUUAAGGCUGUGAUUGCAACCUUGCCUUAUAAAGUUGAUUAUGAGUUUGUUCCUGCCAACCCGGAUUUCACCUACAAUGAAAUCACCUAUCAAGUCUUCCUCCAUAAAUUCGAUGCUGUGGUGGGCGACAUAACGAUCCGAGCGAACAGAUCUUCAUACCUAGAUUACACAUUGCCAUUCACAGAAUCAGGGGUGGCCAUGGUUGUGCCAAUGAAGAACAGCAAGAACACUAACGCAUGGGUAUUUCUAAAGCCUCUUACAUUGAAUUUGUGGAUCAUCACUGCGUUCUUCUUUGUAUUUGUAGCACUUGUUAUUUGGAUUCUUGAACAUCGAGUCAAUGAACAGUUUCGUGGAAGUGCUUUAGAUCAACUCUGUACUAGUCUUUGGUACUCCUUCUCCACCAUGGUUUUUGCUCAUAGGGAAGUUACAUUGAACAAUUUGACAAGAGUAGUGGUGAUAGUAUGGCUAUUUGUGGUUCUCAUCAUUACACAAAGUUACACGGCAAGUUUGGCCUCACUUUUGACGGUUCAAGAUUUGGAACCAACUGUUACUGAUAUCAAUCAACUUCUUAAAAAUGGAGACAGCAUCGGAUAUCAAUAUGGUUCGUUCGUGCACGAGAUUCUUAAGUCAUUGAAGUUCGAUGAUUCUCAGCUCAAACCUUACAACUCCCCAAAAGAAAUGCACCAACUUUUCACUAAAGGAAGCAUCAAUGGAGGAAUUUCUGCUGCUGUUGAUGAAAUACCUUAUAUUAAGUUGUUUCUUGCCAUGUAUUGCUCUCAAUACACAACCACCGAACCCACCUAUAAAGCCGAUGGCUUUGGUUUUGGAUUUCCAAUAGGUUCGCCUUUAGUUCCUCAUAUCUCAAGAAGAAUCUUGGAGGUGACAGAAAGCGAGACAAUGAAAAACAUUGAAGAGAAAUGGUUCAAAACGUUAAAAGAAUGUACGGCUUCAAAAGUGGCAGAGUUGUCUUCCACCCGCUUGAGCAUCAACAGCUUCUGGGCGCUUUUCCUUAUCACUGGAGUUGCUUCCCUAUGUUCUGUGGCUUUUUACGUCGGCAAAUUUCUGUACGACGAACGGAGGCGGUGGCAAAACGUAGAGUCCCCAAUCGGGGAAAGAUUAUACAAGUUGGCCAAGGAGUUCGUGAAGAGAGAUCAGAGAGCUCACCCGCUGAGACGAAGGAUAUCCAUAAAUGGGGUUCCUUUUAAUCCACAAGCCAUUGUUGCUAGUGAUGAUCGCCACCCUCAAAGAGAUUGAUGAAUUAAAUAUUUUAAUUUCUUCCAAUUGGGUGAUGAAAUAUGUUGUUGGAUAUAUUAAGUAAACAUUGUAUUUCACACAUUAGUUUUGAUCAAUCCAUAUUAUUUGCUUUUAAACCUUCAUUGAUAGAACUAACCUAAAUGAUCGAACAUCCAUAGUUCAUAUUAU